CAACACGAAUUAGAACAGUUGUCUAAAAUAGCACUUGUCGGUUGCGAGAACAGGUUUCUCUGUCUGCUGGUAACAAACAAACUGCUUAAGAGCAAGUUAUGGGUCUUGAAACUGCUGCCAUCACAGGAGGAGCAGUAGGAGCAAUGGGUGCAGUGCUCAUGGCUCCUGUGGCCUUGAGUGUCAUCGGUUUCACCUCAGCUGGGAUAGCUGCAGGCUCCUACGCUGCAAGCAUGAUGUCUGCUGCUGCCACCACUAACGGAGGAGGGGUGGCAGCAGGAAGCCUGGUGGCGAUUCUACAAUCUGCAGGUGCAUCUGGUUUUACAGCGUUCGCCAACACUGUUGUGGCCAGCAUUGGAGGUGCUCUUGGAACCUUUGUUGGAGCUGGAUUUGGAUGGCUGUCAAACAUAUUUCAGAAACGAAGGGAACAAAAAAAAAGGGAGGAAGAGAUUGAAGCCUUUCUGUUUGGCAUCGCUGCAGGAGCUUUAUUUUUGUGGUCAAAACGCUAAUUGUUAUUCUUGCUUUCCCAGUAUUGGUGACCCACGCUAUACAUUUUAUUGGUGGGGAACUAAAAGAGCCACUUCAUCAUCUCAUUUCUGUUUCGUUGGUGCUCCAGUUAACCAAAUGAGACAGAAAUCAAAUUUCAUUAAUAUCUUUACAUAAAGUUUAAAAUAUAUUAUUACCCUGUGUGAUGCAUCAAUACAAAGCAUAGUUGUGAAAUACAAGAAUCAUGAUUCAUGGCUAUAAUUGGCUAUAAUGUAAAACUAAAUUUGUAUACACUCCCCUCUGGGUCUGUAUUUUCUUUUUCCUGAGCUGCCUUGCGCUACAGAUUUGAAAUUACUUUUUUGAUUUUGAUUUUUUUCAGUUGAAAUCAUAAGUUUACAUGUAGCAAAUAAGUACGUAUAUGUAAACUUCUGGUUUCAACUGUACAUGGAAUCUUACAUAUUUAAGGAAAAUAAUCCCUUACUACCUGAAUAAAGAAAAUAUUUAUUCCGGUAA